CUAACAUGCCAGGAAGUUGGGGUCUGAGCAUGGGGUCAGCCAUGAUACAGCACCCCUGGAGCAGAUAGCGUGAAGGGCCCAACAGCGGCAGCUUGGCAGUGCUGGGCCUCAGACCCCUGACCUUCCAAUCAAUAGCCCAGAGCCUUACCCAUUAAACCACCACUGCCCCCAUAAUUUUUUAUUACUAAAAUAAAAAGGACAUUUUGCAUUAAAUGUUCACGUCAGACAACUAAUAUAACAAGAUGGGACUGUCAGGGAGUACAGGGAGGUAUUAUCAUUCCUCCAAUCUCUCUCAAAUACGUCCAACAGUGCAGGCUGUGUUUUAAAUGUCACUCUACACUACAUGCAGUGGGCUACAUAGGGUGCAGAACACUUCAUACCCUCCCUCAGGUAGUGCGCCUACGUAGGGAGCAGGGAGCUGUUUAGCAUUCAGCCACACCAGCAAAUAGAAACCCGACAGGUGAUCCGUACAAGCGGAUGUAGCCGAGGAAAAAAAAAAAAGCCAGGGAUCGUGUCCGAGUCUGCGGUCUGAUCGAGGAAGCUGUUCCUGUUCAAGCCAUGCUGUUAUUGUCCUGAUAAACUGACUGCUGUGGAUUUGAACAUCAACAACAAUGGAGAUGGUUGUAGGUAAAAUCCUGUGCCUUUUGGGCAUGUUUGGCCUCAUGCUCGGUGCCAUUCUCAUCCCUGUGCGAGUGAUGCAGUCGGACCUGGACAAGGCCAUACGCUACAGAAGGGCAGUUGCUUUCAGUAACUCGUUUGGAGGAGGUGUGUUUCUGGCCACCUGCUUCAAUGCGCUUCUGCCUGCUGUUAGAGACAAGGUGGAGCAGACCCUAAAACUGCUGAAGAUCACGAACGACUACCCACUGGCCGAGACCAUGAUGAUGGUUGGCUUUUUCCUCACCGUGUUUGUCGAGCAGGCGGUACUGACCUUCAGGAAGGAAAAACCGCCCUUCAUCGACCUUGAGACGUUUAAUGCCGGCACCUCGGAGGCAGGCAGCGACUCUGAGUAUGACACACCAUUUAUCGCUCCAGCACGGGGCUCGCAUCAUCACUCACAUCAUCACUCUCAUCACCACGGUCAUUUCAACCCUGCAGAACUAACACGGGCAGGACCACUGCGGCUUGCGAGCCUGGUCCUGGCCCUCUCCGCUCAUUCAGUAUUCGAAGGCCUUGCCCUCGGGCUUCAGGAAGAUGGUGCUAAAUUAGGAAGCCUUUUCCUCGGAGUGGCGAUCCACGAGACCCUUGCAGCCAUGGCUUUAGGGGUCAGUGUGGCUAAAGCAGGACUGCAUCUUUGGGAUGCCAGCAAGCUGGGCAUCACAGUCAGCCUCAUGAUCCCCAUCGGCAUUGGCCUCGGAAUGGGUAUCGAGAGCGCCCAGAACCUGGCAGGAAGUAUUAUUUCUGUGGUGCUCCAAGGCCUAGCAGCAGGCACAUUUAUUUUUAUUACUUUCUUUGAAAUUCUCUCGCGAGAGUUGGAGGACAAACAUGAUCGGCUCCUGAAGGUGCUUUUCCUCGUCUUAGGGUAUGGCGUACUGGCAGGUCUAGUCUUUAUCAAGUGGUGAUAGAUCUCAGUGCUUCCCAGAGAGAAUGAUCUCGAGCGGGUUUUGCGUCUUGGAGUUUUUAACUCUCCUCACCACCAUAACCAAAGUUUCCUUAAUGUACUCUAAAAAGACUUUUCCUAACUUGUUACUUCCUACUCCUACGUUUCUAUUCGUAUGAAGUCGUACACUGGAUAUACAGAAACAGUAGCAGAUUAGAUGCAGAAAAGCGUUUUAAUGAAAGUGAAGUGGUUUAUUACUGUGAACGCUGUCGGAAGGGUGCUACUGCAGAUUUAAAAUGUUAGGUGUUACUGAUGCCGGAUGAUAAAUAUUGGAGAUACAGUCUUCGUUUAAUCUGUUUUUAAUACUUGAUUAUAAGUUUCGCUUCGGGCACAGGUAUCGCGUGUGUCUCCUAAGUGCUGAACACUAAAUAAGAUCUUUCAGGCUACAGCAGGCAUUCUCAAACAUUUUGGAACUAGGGACUCGUUUAAUUUCAACUAUUCAUAUAUUAGGCUAAUUGUGUAUAUAUAAAAAAAAUUAGGCUUCAUAUUUAAACGUGGGGUUUUAAUUUUGGGUAUUUAUUUGAGCUUUUUAUUCCUUAAAUUGCCACAAACAAAACACAUUAGAUCCAAGUUGAUAUUGUGUAUAGGCCUGCUUGUUUUUGAGUUACCCAUUCAAUUCAAGUCAAACAGGUUAAUAUACUGUGUAUAUACAGUAUACUAUAUGAUAAUACUAAUAAUAUAUAUUAUAUGAACCAAAUUUUAUAAUGGAGUUUGGGAUUUUCACCACUGUAACAAAUGUUUAAAUGGUGGAACCCCUGACGAUGCUUCAUGGCCCCCACUUUGAGACUCACUAGUCUAUAGGCCCAUCGCACAGGUGUAGGAAAACAGUGCCGCAGAAGUUACCUGGAAGUUUAAUUGAAGUAGGCACUCAUGCAGUUUCACAUUAUUUUAUAUUUUUGUACAUCUUUGUGGUUGUGGUCUUAUAUUUAUAACUCUGUUUCAGUUUAAGAUGUUAUAUAAAUCAGAGUGAAUUUUAGAGGUUAUUUCAUUUCUACUGCCAUUUUAAUUUCAUCUGAUAAAUGCAAUGUAGGACAAUAUUUGUCUAGCACAUUCAUAGAAAAAAAAAGGGUUCCUUCCUUAAGGGUUCUUUGGUUGAUAAGCUUUCUAAAGGGAAACCUUCUUUUGUAGGAUUUUAUAUAGAACUAUUUAAAGUGCACCUAUUAUGCUAUUCAGAUAUUUCCUUUUAUGUAGUGUGUUAUAGAGCUGUUUGUGAAUGUAAAAAAAAGUCUACAAAGUUUCAAAAAUCAAAGCACACAAUGGAGUUAUUGACUCCUAAAAGAAAGAACCGAUUCUGAACAGCUGAAUCGUUAGCAAUUACAAACUUACUUCCUGUACUAUUCUAUGUAGGUUUGUAACAAAAACCCCGCCUCUGGUCUUCACUGGCUGCUUGUGAACAGAUGGAGUUGAAACUCUGACAGCGGUAGACCAAUCACAGCAGACUGGGACAUCUGACCAAUCAGAGCAGAGCAUGCUUUCUUAAAGGAGGAGUUUAGAAUGAAUCUUUUAGAACGGAUCAUUUAACGAGUCAUUUUUGACACUGGGGAGGAAAAAAGGUAAUGCUGCAGUUUAAAUUAUUAGCACAUUAAAGUGAUUUUUGAACUUGGAUGCAUGUAAAUCUAUUGUAUGAGACCUUUAAAACAAAAUUAGGCACGUUUCAAAACCAUAAUAGGUGCACUUUAAGGGUUCCUAUAGCGUGUUAGACUUAAUAACUGUCUCCAAAAUUUAUCAGCUUAAAUAUGGCUUGUAGAUUAAAAAGGCUGUAACAAAACUGUUUGUCUUUUUUGUUGUUGUUGUUUCGACAAAACUGUGAGGAACAACUUAAAAUUUAACCUUACUCUACUCACUUUCUCCUCUCGGGCUAAUCUGAUCAGUCCAUACAGGAUUUAGAGGGGUUUUUUUUGUGAUUGUUGCGGCAAAAAAUGCUUGAUUUUGCUGUGCCGUUGUCAUGACGUCACUUGUCACGUCUUGGCCCAAAUCUGUGGUAAUUUUGAAAAAUCGCAAGCUCCGAAUAUUGUGCAGUGUGCUUGAUUUUGCAUUCGUUUCUGCGAUCACAAAAUCACGAAAUCCUUGAGGGACUGAUGAAUGAUUAUUGCCUUUGACUAUAACAAUAACCAAGGUAAAAUGACUCUGCUCAUUUUAUAGAAAA